AUGGUCGUGAGUGCGAUCAACAUAACAGAGGUGUAUGCUUGUGUAUCAAGCGAUUCCAUGACUUGUCUCGACCCAGUUGAUGGAUUGCCAGCCGUUCCCGAAUGCCCGCGGGCCCCUCAAGUGGACUUCCUCGUGGACGAAGUCGGUCUCCAGCCGGGCCAGGCCAUGAAGCUGCUGGCCAUCAAAGUUGUUCGGCAGCGGGAGAAGCUUCAGUUCAUGAGGAACGAAAUCGGGUUCACGAGAGCUGUCAUCACCAAGGUUGUCCGCCGCUUCCCCCACAUCCUCAAGUACAACCUGGACAGGAACCUGAGGCCGACCCUGAGCUUUCUUGAGACUUCCCUGGACUUUGACAGGCAUGAGGUCCGAAGUCUGCUCGAGAAGCAACCUGCGGUGCUGCAGUUGAGCGUCGAGGAGAACUUGCAUCCGAAGGUCUUCUUCAUGGUACGGGAGUUAGGGCUGAUGAGAGACGAUCUCAAGAAGAUCUUCCUCGCCAACCCCAUGCUCCUCACGCUCUCCCUGGCGAACAACCUGAAACCUAAGAUCGCCUUCUUCAAGAAAGAAUUUGACGUGAGCCUGUUGCUGCCUUGCUUUUCGUGCCUCGCCCUCCUCACCACCUGCUCCGACCAGCUCGAAGCAACAGAAGUCGCCAAGAUCGUGAAGCUACACCCUCCCUUCCUCACCUACUCCCAAGACAACAUCUUGAACACAAGCGCGUACCUCACAGGGUUUGGAAUCCCGCGGAGUAAGAUGAGGACGACGAUGCUUCAUUGCCCUCAGCUCUUCGGCCUUCGGUCCGCUACCUUCUGA